UGACUUUUUUGGCACACUAUUUGGCCAAACCUUCGUUGCAACCAAAACUAUCUACAAAAAAUUCCGAUCCAACUGUUCGAAUAUUGAACACUGUGAUGUGUAGGAUUCAAAAUCUUCAGCAGCACUAGAUAAGAUCGGGCUUCAACAUUUUCACACACUUCAAUAAUCUUGUGUUUUUUCAUCUUCAACCGAGUAUAAUAAAUCUUGGGUUUUUAUUUAGGAACAAAGUCCAGUUCUUUCGCUACCUCAAGUCCUAUGCAAAUCUCUCUGUGAGGCAAUUCAUCAAAUGGGUUCCCGACAAGAUGAAGAAACAUCGUCAAAAUCGCUUGAAUCCCCCCCAAAGCUCCCAACUUUCCGCUACAAUUCGCCCUUAGCCCAGGUCGCCCUAAUCGGGCUCGUCUGCUUCUGCUGCCCUGGGAUGUUCAACGCCCUCUCUGGCAUGGGCGGCGGCGGCCAGGUCGACCCCACCGCCGCCAACAACGCCAACACCGCCCUCUACGCCGCCUUCUCCGUCUCCGGCGUCCUCGGCGGCGGCGCGUACAACGUCCUCGGCCCCCGCCUCUCCCUCUUCCUCGGCUGCUCCACCUACGUCCUCUACGCCGGCUCCUUCCUCUACUACAACCACCGCCGCCGCCAGGCCUUCGCCGUCGCCGCCGGAGCCCUCCUCGGCGCCGGCGCCGGCCUCCUCUGGGCCUCCCAGGGCGCAAUCAUGACGUCAUACCCUCCCCGCCGCAAAAAGGGCCUCUACAUCUCUCUCUUCUGGAGCAUUUUCAACCUGGGCGGCGUAAUCGGCGGCUUAAUUCCCUUCAUAUUGAAUUUCAACAGAAACGAGGCUCUCUCAGUGAACGACGGCACUUAUAUAGGCUUCAUGGCUUUCAUGUCAAUCGGAACUGUUCUUUCCCUCUCAAUUCUCCAUCCGGGUCGGGUCUUACGGGAAGACGGGUCACGCUGCACGAACAUCAAAUACUCGAGCAUUCGGGUUGAGGCUCGUGAGAUCUUAAAACUCUUUCUUGAUUGGAAAAUGCUCUUAAUCGUGCCCGCCUCUUGGGCGAGUAAUUUUUUUUACAGCUAUCAAUUUACGAAUGUGAAUGGCGUGUUGUUUAAUCUUCGAACGAGGGGUUUGAACAACGUGUUCUAUUGGGGAGCACAAAUGAUCGGUUCUGUGUUUAUCGGUUUUGUGAUGGAUUUUAGUUUCAAGAGUAGACGGGCUCGUGGGCUUUUUGGUGUUGGGCUUGUGGCUGUAUUUGGGACGGCCAUUUGGAGUGGUGGGCUCGUGAAGCAGCUCGAUUAUAGCCGUGUUGACUUGCCGGAACAGAGGUUGGAUUUUAGGGACGGCGGUGAAUUUGCGGGCCCAUUUGUGUUGUAUUUUAGUUACGGGCUGCUGGAUGCCAUGUUUCAGAGCAUGGUUUAUUGGGUGAUUGGUGCAUUGGCUGAUGAUACUGAGAUUCUUAGCAGGUACACUGGAUUCUAUAAAGGGGUGCAGAGUGCUGGGGCUGCUGUUGCUUGGCAAAUAGACACGCAUAAAGUGCCGUUUUUAAACCAACUUAUAACUAACUGGGCACUUAUGACUCUUCUUCUUUGGCUUCCUCAGCUGGCUUGGUCUCGGCUUGAACGGCUUCUUCCUUGGCUUCCUCUACCUUAGCCGGAGCUUGUUCGGAAAUUUUUACCAAAGGUUCUUCCUUUUUUUCCUCAACCACAUCUUCCUUUUUCUCCUGCAAUAAUUCAUUGAAGUAUGACAAAA